AUGAUCAUAUCCCGGGAGCACCAAUCUUUACAGCCGAUUACCAAUGUCUUGCCCAGAGAAGCCCAAAAUAAAUCUCCGUACUACGUCACCCUGACAGUUGUCAGGGAGUCGUCGACCAAAUACACAGUCGUCGUCCUCGGCACCGUCUCAGACAAGCCGCCCAGAGUUCUCCCUACUGCAACACUGACACCGACACCGACACCGCAGACCCCUACGAGCAACGGCGAUGACGACAGCAGCUACAAUGACUCCUCCCGGACCGCUCUCAUCAUCGUCGGCGUGCUUCUUGGCCUCUUGAUCCUGGGCUUAUUGUGGUGUUGCUGCUACGGUCCCAGCUGCACCAGCGAGAAGGAAGUGGUCGGAGGGGGCUGCUACGAGACACGUAGCAGACGUAGACAAGAACGAGGCGGAAGAGAUGGCAGGGAUGGAAGAGAUGGUCGCGAUGGUCGCGAUGGACGUGAUGGACGAGACGGACGAAACGGACGAGAUGGCCGAGACGGAAGAGAUGGGAGAGAUGGGAGAGAUGGGAGAGACGGGCAUCAUGAUCGAGACGACCUGCCUACCCCGCCGAUUUCGCCGGAUGUGCCUUACGAUGCCGGUAUGGUAAUGGCUGAUGAUCGAGCAGAAGCAAGCCGGCGCGGGUCUCGUCUCGGCCACGGUCGUCAAUGGUAA